CCAACAUGUCCAAUCAAUAACAACAAAAUAAGGCCACAGCUCCAUUGAUCAGCCAGAGGAGAGGGCGUUCCUGAGACAUGCUCUCGCUCCCAUACAAUGGCGAUGGAUAUGAGACAGUUUUUUGAACAGCUAAUGAUAUUGAAACAUGCUGCAGAAUGCAAAAUGUGGCUGUCUGAACAUUUUUAUAAGAUGCACUUGUCUGAUGAGAGUUGAUUUUGCAUGAGAUCUUUUGUGGAUGUUGGAUGUCAAACCAGCUUACACUUUUCCUUACUCGAGCAAAGCAUCACUGUGGCUGUAUCUCUUUGUUACAGGGGGAGUCACGCCACAGACACACAGUGACUACUGAACUCAUCCACGUCCAGACUGAGGUUGUCCCAACAUUCAGAAGACUUGGACAGACUUGCCCUGGGACUGGCCUGUUUUUUCACCUGUAUUAACCCCCCUACCUCCUACCCUGGCAAGGGGUCUGGUCUGGAGCUCAAGCUUUAACAGGGAGGACAUCGUUCAGUAUUCACUUCCAGUUGGACUGGACCAAACUAAAACCAAACUACUCGCAUUGACACUUUUACAGAUUGCAUAUGCUUCACUUCCUCUUCCCACUAUUCAACAUUUUGAUAUGAUACAGACUUGCACUUGUUCACUUUGAUCUAGCUAUUGGGAAAAUCAAAGAGAGGGACCCCAGAACCUAUGCCUAUGAUAAUGAUCCUCAGUAACCAAAUACUCCUCUGAUAGGUCAGACUGUCAGAGUCAACUCCACACUCCAUCAAAUAUAUUUUAGGUCUCCAGCUGUAUUAUAACUUGUGGUUUAACAUCAAGGAUAAUCUCAAGAUGGAUUAGCUUUUGUUUGUUAAAUAGCGUUCCUCUGCAUACACAAUGCUUGUCUCUAUCAGUGUUUUAAACAAGCCCAUAGCUUUCUAUUUUUGAUUAAUUGUAAUUGCCCAUUAGAUUAAGACAACAUGAGUCAAAUGAAGCUUUGACAUGACAGACUUAAUGUGAUCAUUAUUUGAAUGGCUCUCAGGAAAGUGCUCUGAUGUCUUUGUCUUCUCUCAGCGAACUUAACUGUCUGCAGUUUGUCUGUCAGUCUACUGUUCAGUACAGGGCAGGACAGUGUAUCAAUACUGUUUAGAGAACAGAUGGUUCCUAUAGCAGACAACAUGAACAUGACCCCAGAGCAUCCAACACAAAACUGCUCCAACUGCAGCCAGGCGUUUGUCCCAGAGCUCAAUGUGGUCAAGGCUGUCGUGCUGGGACUGAUACUUGGGACAAUUAUUGUAUGUGGGGUUUUUGGGAACAUCCUGGUUAUCUUGUCGGUGGUCUGUCAUCGACACCUACGAACAGUCACACACUACUUCAUCGUCAACCUAGCGGUGGCAGACCUCCUACUGAGCUCCAUCGUUCUGCCCUUCUCUGCCACCUUUGAGAUCCUAGGGUACUGGGUGUUCGGAAGGCCCUUCUGCAAUGUGUGGGCAGCGGUGGACGUGCUGUGCUGCACAGCCUCCAUCAUGAGCCUGUGUGUAAUCUCAGUGGACCGCUACAUCGGGGUCAGCUACCCGCUGCGCUACCCAGCCAUCGUGACAGAGCGCAGGGCACUGCUUGCCCUGGUUGGCCUGUGGGCUCUGUCCGUCACCAUCUCCAUUGGCCCUCUGUUUGGCUGGAAAGAGCCGGCUCCAGAAGACGAGUCUAUCUGUAAGAUCACAGAGGAGCCUGCCUACGCCAUCUUCUCUGCUGUGGGCUCCUUUUACCUCCCGCUGGCCAUCAUACUGUCUAUGUACUGUAGGGUGUAUGUGGUGGCCCGCCAGGAGAGCCAGGGCCUGAGAGAGGGGCACAAAACAGACAAGUCAGAUUCAGAGAGCGUCACGCUGAGGAUCCACCGCGGCAACAUGGCCGUGUCUGAGGACGAGGCCCUGCACAGCCGCACACACUUCGCCCUGCGUCUCCUGAAGUUCUCCAGAGAAAAGAAGGCCGCCAAGACCCUGGGCAUUGUGGUUGGCUGCUUUGUGCUCUGCUGGCUCCCUUUCUUCCUGGUUCUGCCCAUAGGUUCCAUAUUCCCAGCAUACAGACCUUCGGACACAGUUUUCAAGAUCACCUUCUGGCUGGGCUACUUCAACAGUUGCAUCAACCCUAUCAUCUACCCCUGUUCCAACCAGGAGUUUAAGAAGGCCUUCCAGAGUAUUCUGGGAGUGCGCUGUCUGAGAGCCCAGUCCAGAGCCACUCAUCACCCGGGUCCAGCCCAGGUUCAGGGUCAUUCUCUCACUCUGAGACUAGAUGGCCGAGGGGACCCCUCCUGCUUCAGCCCCUCCUCCUCCAUAGCCCUGUCCCGCACACCCUCCUCUAGGGAUGGCAGGGAGUGGAGGGUAUUCUCUGGAAGCUCCGUGGCAGGGUCUGGGACAGCGGUAGAGACAGGACGGGCUAAGGUGGCCCAACUGUGCGGUAAGAAUCUGCUGAAGACCUGCUGUUGCAUCAGAGACAGGAGCUUCAGCCAGGGGCCCAGCCAGGGGCCCAGCCAUCCCCAGCCCCCUCCACACGGGACCCUGCCCAUCAUUAAGAUCCACCAGCUGUCUUUGUGUGAAAAUGGAGAGGCUGUAUAACCAGAGAUAAUAAGUGAUUUGGAUCGUCUCUGGUAUGAAUGUACUGUAGCUCCUCACUCUUAA